GGACCCCGAUUCUCUAUCUUAUUCCACUCAACUCACUUUCGCACUAUAAAUACUCCUCUCCAGCUUCCCUCUUCUCUUCCAAAAGAAAACACACUUUUCCCAGUCUCUACUAUUUAGUAGGGUUUUCUCAGUUUCAAAAUAACAGUUAUAGUACAAAGUUACCAAGACAAAACAAAUUCUCGAAGUUUCGAGAAGAAAAAAUGGAUGCAUAUACAGUUCAUCUAGCGAUGGCGGCACUAGUCGGAGCAUCACUUGUGGCGGUAUCGGCGUAUUAUAUGCACCGUAAAACCCUAAAUCAGUUAUUAGAGUUUGCGAAAACGAUAGAUAGGGAUAGAGACCGGGAUGACGUGGCUACGACGGAGGGCGUCGACGAUGAAGAGGCAGAGAAGCAUUUGAGGAAGUACGGCGGUGUUGCUGCGGAGAAGCGGCGGAAUCAUAGCCGGAGGAAAGGGAGUAAUGGAUAUUACCGCCGUGCUUCAGCUUCGUUCCCCGACGUGACUACGGUGACUUCCGGCGAGGUUGAGGAAAAGAGGAAUGGUCCUGUACACGUGGAUUCUAUUCCGGCCGGUUUGCCUAGGCUUCACACGCUUCCUGAAGGGAAAUCGAGAUCUGCACAUUCUCUGAGACCUACUUCUCCCAAGUCUCCAGUUGCAAGUGCCAGUGCAUUUUGCCCAGAUGUCAAUGGGGAUCAAAUGGCGAUGGCUGCACCAAGUAUGAUUCGCACACACAGUGUAUCUGGUGACCUGCACGGUGUUCAACCUGAUCCAAUAGCUGCAGAUAUUCUAAGGAAAGAGCCGGAGCAAGAAACAUUUGUGCGACUGAAGAUAUCCCCUGGUGAGACACCGUCUGCCGAUGAAGCGGAGGUCUACCGGAACAUACAAGCAUGUCUUGAAAUGAGACAAAGUUACGUAUUCAGGGAGUCUGUUGCUCCUUGGGUGAAGGAAGUAAUUUCUGAUCCAAGCACCCCGAAGCCAAAUCCAAAUCCAUUUGAAUUCACUGCAGAAGGAAAAUCUGAUCAUUAUUUUCAGAUGGAAGAUGGAGUUGUUCAUGUAUAUGCAAAUAAAGAUUCGAAAGAGAAACUUUUUCCUGUUGCUGAUGCUACGACCUUUUUCACCGACUUUCAUCACAUCCUUAAAGUAAUAGCAGCUGGGAAUAUCAGAACUUUAUGUCACCAUCGCCUAGUGCUUCUGGAACAAAAAUUCAAUCUUCAUUUGAUGCUUAAUGCGGAUCGAGAGUUCCUUGCUCAGAAAAGUGCACCUCAUCGUGACUUCUACAAUGUGAGGAAGGUUGAUACACAUGUUCAUCACUCAGCAUGCAUGAAUCAGAAACAUUUGUUAAGAUUUAUUAAGUCAAAGUUGAGGAAGGAGCCAGAUGAGGUCGUGAUAUUUCGCGAUGGAACAUAUAUGACCUUAAAGGAAGUCUUUGAGAGCUUGGAUUUGACCGGGUAUGAUCUCAAUGUUGACCUAUUAGAUGUUCAUGCUGACAAGAGCACCUUUCAUCGUUUUGACAAAUUUAACCUCAAGUACAAUCCCUGCGGUCAAAGUAGGCUGAGGGAGAUUUUUCUCAAGCAGGAUAAUCUUAUACAAGGCCGUUUUCUUGCCGAACUGACUAAGCAAGUAUUUUGUGAUCUUGCUGCAAGCAAAUAUCAAAUGGCAGAAUACAGGAUAUCAAUAUAUGGCCGAAAGAUGAGCGAAUGGGACCAACUUGCAAGCUGGAUCGUUAACAAUGAACUGUACAGUGAAAAUGUUGUCUGGUUGAUCCAGCUUCCAAGACUAUAUAACAUAUAUAAAGAGAUGGGGAUUGUAACAUCAUUUCAAAAUAUCCUAGACAACAUCUUUCUGCCCUUGUUUGAGGUUACUGUGGACCCAGAUUCACAUCCUCACCUGCACAUCUUCUUGAAACAGGUUGUUGGAUUGGAUUUGGUGGAUGAUGAAAGCAAACCCGAAAGGAGGCCUACCAAACACAUGCCUACACCUGCUCAAUGGACCAAUGUAUUCAAUCCUGCAUACUCAUACUACGUGUACUAUUGUUAUGCGAACCUCUACACCCUGAAUAAGCUACGUGAGUCAAAGGGUAUGACGACCAUCAAAUUCCGGCCACAUUCUGGGGAGGCUGGAGAUAUUGACCACCUUGCAGCAACUUUCUUAACAGCCCAUAAUAUUGCUCAUGGUAUUAAUUUGAGAAAGUCUCCUGUUCUCCAAUACCUGUACUACUUGGCCCAGAUUGGCUUGGCGAUGUCUCCUCUCAGUAACAACUCUUUAUUUUUGGACUACCAUCGGAAUCCUUUUCCCAUGUUCUUCUUGAGGGGCCUGAAUGUUUCUCUUUCAACUGAUGAUCCAUUGCAAAUUCACUUAACAAAAGAAGCCCUCGUUGAGGAAUACAGUAUAGCUGCUUCAGUUUGGAAGUUGAGUGCAUGUGAUUUAUGUGAGAUUGCACGUAAUUCAGUAUACCAGUCAGGCUUCUCCCAUGCGCUAAAGUCCCACUGGAUUGGGAAGGAGUACUACAUAAGAGGGCCAGAUGGAAACGACAUUCAUAGGACAAAUGUGCCUCAUAUCAGGCUCGAAUUCCGCGAUAUGAUAUGGAGGGAGGAGAUGCAACAGGUUUAUCUGGGCAAGGCUGUAUUUCCUGCAUUCGUUGACCCAUGAUCUGCAAUGCUAAUGCAUUAUCACGGGCUCUGGGUAUCGAUUCACAGUAUCUGGAGAGUUGCCCUUCCGGUAACUCAAGAAGCUUCUCCACCAUGAGAUAUCUGGAUUUUGGAAGCUGAGAGGGAGAAAUUUUGGUAUAUGCUAAGACCUUAUUAGCCAAUGAUGUUAAAGACCGUUGGAUAUAUAUACUUGAUAGUUCAGGAAGCUACUGGAGCUUAGAGCCUAUAGCACAACCGGCAAGGCAGUCCGUCCACUAUCCGAAUAGUAAACAACAGCCCGUGAAUAAGGAGUUAUAUAUAUCAUGUGUGUCGUAGGUUACAAACUUCAGAUACAUCGCAAGAUGGAAUUCUGAAUGUUCCAUGGUUUUGUUGUAUCAUAUUUGACAUCUUGGCUAAAUAAAGAGUGUUUCCGCCCAAUUUUAUUUUCUUUUUCCCCUAUGGGUGAAGAGGUGCUAGGUGGAGUUGGGUUUUGAUUCGUUAAUGCACCACAUAUAUACGCAUAUGUAUUUGCUAGUUGUUGGAUACGUGCAACGCACGUGUAUCCCAUACUAAUCAUUACAAAUGUAUUAGAAUA